AUGGGUUUCCGAUUUGGUUCUCGUAGACGAAGAGAGAAACAGCCGGAGAAUGAGAAAAAUGAGAAACCGAAGAGGGAAGAAAAGAACAGAAAGAGCAAUGAUAAAUCUAAUGCUCGACUCCCUCCAGUUCCUGGAAAUUUGAAGUCUUCGGAAAGUCGAAACAGCUCAGCACUAAGUUUUGCUGGUGGUCUCAAGGAUGCCUCAACUAAUACUCUGUCAACUCCUAAUAAUAGGAGUGUUCAAUUCCGUGAUAAUCGAUUCCCCGAUGGCACCACAAUCCCUCGUGUCCCGACAACUCAGCUUCAUAUGACGUCGCCCAUGGCUGAGAGAGAUGGUCGAAUUUCUCCGACGGGUUCUAUCUACUCUACGGCUUCUUUACAAGCUCCGAUUUCCAGUCUUUAUUCCUAUCCCUCUAACUAUUUCCCACAAACACUUUCCAAACAUUUCGAUUCCAUUCCGAGAACUCGUGGUCGUAUUAAUAGCGAUGGUGCCUCUCGUUCACUGUAUGGUGACGCCUUGCCUAAACCAGAUUACCCUCUUUCUAAUGAUGGGACUGGGAACUCCAAUAGAGACAGUGGACUCGAUACAGAAUCUCGAUCAUCUUCUGGUGAAAAACCCACCUACACAAAUGGCUUUGACAGCUAUCCCCACCCAAGUAACUCACCGCUUCAAAUGCGCAGCCAACGAUCACGGCAUCACAGUCUUGAUCGAUCGGGGCCAUUUAAUAAAUUAUCAGAAUUCCCGCAAAUUCUCCGUCCAAAAGGCGGUCAAGGCAAUCGUGUUACUUCUAACUUCUACUCACCUGGUUAUUCAUCGUCUAGGCCAGCUAAUCAUUCUUAUAAUGACAAUUACCUCACCCCGGCAACUGCACGGCGAUGGGCCAAUCAAAUUGAGGACUUUGAAGAGGAGACCUACAGACCACGAUCUACCCAUCAAUCACUUCAUUGUCUUUCCUGCUCCUGUGCAGAAGAUGUUGUACACCCUCCUCGAUGUACAAGUGCUCUAAGGCGAAUUCAGCUGGAAGAUCAAGCCCCGGAUGAACGCCGGUGGAACACUGCUACGACUUCGAGAAAACGUGAGAGAAGAUUUCGACGGGAUGAUGAAGAGGAAUACUCGAAAAGGUCUGUGUCCAGGGGAUUACCUCGUAAUCAACCCGUUCGGGGGAAUUUUUUUGAAGAAAGGGAAGAGAUAGAUAGAUAUGGACAACUUCCACCAAUGAGAAGACCCAUAAGUACGCAACCUAGGAGAAGGAAUUUCUAUGAUGACAAUGAUGGUUCAAAUGAUAAUGAUGAUAUUCAAGAGGAUGAAUUCGAUUAUUCCGGGGAGGAUGGGUCAGAUAUCCAGGAAACUUCCAGAACUUUUGUUCCCCGGAAACGUCAAUCGGAUUUCUAUGAAAUGAACAGAGAUAUUUCUCUGGCUAAUAGAGAUACCAGUGUUAUUAGGCUAUAA